UGGAUAUCUGUCUCAUUCCCGGCCGUAAAUCACUGAAUGAAGGAACAGUGGGAAGUCAUUUCAUAACAGGUGCUAAUUCUUGCUGGACCCAGUUUUCUCUCCUUUCCUACUUGGUGACGUCAUGAUUAGCCAGCGCGUUCUCGUCUCUGAUUGGCCACGACGGUAACUCCUUUACGGCCGCUCAAAGCACCUCCUCUCUCUCUCGCGCUGAGACUACGGACAUGGAGACAGCAGGAAAAGUGAUAAAGUGCAAGGCAGCUGUUGCCUGGGAACCCGGCAAGCCUCUCUCCAUCGAGGAGGUGGAGGUGGCCCCACCUAAUGCCCAUGAAGUUCGCAUAAAGCUCUUUGCCACAGGAGUCUGCCAUACGGACGCCUACACCCUGAGUGGUAGUGACCCUGAGGGGCUUUUUCCCGUCAUUUUGGGGCACGAGGGCGCCGGGACUGUGGAGAGUGUGGGUGAGGGCGUGACUAAAUUCAAGCCAGGUGAUACCGUCAUCCCGUUGUACGUGCCGCAGUGUGGGGAAUGUAAAUUCUGCAAGAAUCCCAAGACCAACCUCUGCCAGAAAAUUAGAGUGACCCAAGGUCAGGGCCUGCUGCCUGACAAGACCUCUCGCUUCACCUGCAAGGGGAAGCAAGUGUUCCACUUCAUGGGGACCAGCACCUUCUCCGAGUACACGGUGGUGGCUGACAUCUCUCUGGCCAAGGUUAAUGAGAGCGCUCCGCUGGAUAAAGUUUGCCUCCUUGGAUGCGGCAUUUCUACGGGUUAUGGUGCUGCUCUGAACACUGCCAAGGUUGAGCCUGGUUCCACAUGUGCUGUUUUUGGACUUGGAGCUGUUGGCUUAGCCGCUAUUAUGGGCUGCAAGGUUGCUGGAGCAACCAGGAUCAUUGGCGUCGACAUCAACCCUGACAAGUUUGAAAAAGCCAAAGAGUUUGGAGCCACUGAAUUUGUAAACCCAAAAGACCACAAAAAGCCCAUCCAGGAGGUUCUGGUCGAGAUGACUGACGGGGGGGUGGAUUACUCAUUUGAGUGCAUUGGAAAUGUUCAGAUUAUGAGAGCUGCUUUGGAGGCAUGCCACAAAGGUUGGGGCGAAAGCGUCAUCAUUGGUGUGGCCGGAGCGGGACAAGAGAUUUCCACCAGACCGUUCCAGCUGGUGACAGGCCGAGUGUGGAAAGGCACAGCCUUUGGAGGCUGGAAGAGUGUGGAGAGUGUGCCAAAACUGGUGGAAGACUACAUGAAUAAGAAGCUGAAGGUGGAUGAGUUUGUAACCCACACUCUGCCCUUUGAGAAGAUAAAUGAGGGAUUUGACCUCAUGCACGCUGGAAAAAGUAUCCGCACAGUCCUGACUUUCUGAUGUGCCUUAAAAAACAAAACAACAAAACUUCACAUCUUGCCUUGAAGCAGAUUCCAUCCAGAAUUUCAACAUUUGUUCCUGAGCACUUAUCUUUGAUAGCAUACAUUUCAAUGUUGAGUAGGAAAUGUUAAAAAGAAACCAUGUUAAUAAAGAUGAAAAAAGAUGAAAAAGCAAA